AUGACUCCGACUCCCUCGAGUCCUGCUCCUCCUCUACAGGGCAACCUGUCCCAGAAUGCCCAAGAGCAGGAGAAGGCCAUGUUCCAGCAUCUGGUCUCCUUCUGUCAUCCCCCAGUGUCGGACCACAGCUCCGGAUCGCCUCCGUCGACCAAGCGGCCUCGACAAGAUCAAGUGUGGCAGGGAACGGGGGACGCGCAGAUGCCUCAAGCGGGCAUGGAGGGACUGGGCUCUCAGUCGAGCACGGGCCGGAAUCAAGCCAAGGGCAAAGGCAAGAACAAGGGCAAGGGCAAGGGCAAGGGCAAAGGCAAAGGAGGGCCCCACAACAAACCAGUCUACUGGCAUUCCUCGGGCGAGAUGAACCGACAGCUACAGGAAUGGGAUGCUCAGCAAUGGGGAGCCCCACCGGUGAUGACUGCCUCCUCGCAACCUCCCAUUCUGGGGCAAAUGGCCAAAUUCCUGUUGAGGCACGAGCGACAACUACAAGCAUUCCAGCAGGACACGAAGCUGUUCUUCUUCUUUCGUCCGGACCCUCCUGGAUCGGUGCUACCGUUCAUGGUCAAGGUAUCCCAACGCUGGAGAGAGCUGGUCGACGAGGGCAAGGUCCAGUCCACUCUACGGGAGACGAUGCUUCGCGAACUGAUCCAGGAGCUCAAGAGCCGGAUCAAGGGAUUCAGCUCUCCUGCCAUGAGUGCGAUGAGGGAGAAGGCAGCCGAAAUGGGAUGGGUGGACUCGCAGGGCAGCUGGAACUACAUGCAAUGGGAUCCGACUGCCCAAAAGGAGGUCCUGAUGGAGAAAACAGACAGCAGAUCGGAUCUGCAAGCGAUCGAGGACUUGAUCAACGGCAACACCAUUCGUCACUUUGGCAGCCUACGUCCCAUGAGCAACAAUUACCAGACCCAGUGGGUACAGUUUGCUCUGGAGAUAGAGCUGCGACAAGACGGCGAUGUUCUGUGGAAGCUCUUCAACUCCCUGAUCAAUUGUGCAGUCCUUCACCUCAUCCAGACUCCGCCGGGACCGCUCUUCAGCAGUUCCUGUGGGAGCAGGCCUCAUUCCUUCCGCCUGCAUUCGCUUGAUCUUCUGAAGGUUCGCCUAGCCAAUCCCACUUGUAAAACCUGCUUUAUGAACAGUGUCCUGCUUGCAUUGCUCUAUGUUCACCUUCGCAUGGGCUCCCAUAGUGAGGCUGACUUGGGGCAGCUACGUCAUGUUCAUGGAGCGCUUUGCGCGCAGUCAGCCCCUCUGGACAUCAGCAAACUGCUUACCUGGGUUAUGCUAAUAGGACCAUGGGCGAUGCCAUACCAACAGCAUGAUGCUGCCGAGUUCCUUCAUCACCUUAUGCCCAGGCUGCGAUCUUCACUACACACAGGUGCGUGGCUAGCCAGGCAGGUUGCAGCCGAUGUUUGUCAGGAGGUUGACACUGCUCCCUCCUUCCUCCCUGUGCUGCUUCCUAUGUCAGGGACUGCAAGCCUUCAAUCUUACAUUGAUAAGUGGCAUGCUCAGGAUGAUGAAGCCAUUACACAUGCCUAUACUUGUGCCACACGGAUCGUCCUCUUCCAGCUGAUGAGGUUCAAUGUUCUGGGGAGGGGCCGCAACAGGCGUACAGUCAAGGACUCAACAUCGGUACAGGGAGUAUUGAAUGAUAUUCAUGUUCCCAUUUUCAUGGACACUCAUACCAAUGUGGUCAACCAUUGCAUCUUUGAGGUGGUGGCAGCUAUCGUUCACUACGGCGCUCGUUCUGAUUCGGGGCACUACCGAUGCGUGUGGAAAGCAAAAGACUGCUUUUGGAUCACUGAAGACGGUACAUGUGCCCAACCAUGCACCGAUGCAGAUCUGGCUACCCUUUCCAGCAAUGCCUAUCUCAUUUGGGCAGUUCGGAAAGAUCAAAGCUCAGGUCAUAUCUCCUCAACUUCGAUGAGUACGUGA